UAAUUGAAAAAAUACAUUAUCAAUUAGUCUGGAAAGUUUGGUAAAUCGCUUUUAAAAAAAUUCAUAAGGAUGGGGAGGUAUUCAAGCGACUCCGACACUUCUGAUUCUGGACGCGGCAGUCGUAAGUCUAGAUCUUCGAAAAGCUCGCACCGUACCAAAGGAAGGUCUCCGUCGCCUGAGAGCUCAUCUAGACACAAAAGCGAUUCUUAUUCCUCCAGACACAAAAAGAAAUGCAAAAGCCGGCGAUCCAGGAGUAGAGAAAGAUACAGCGGCAGUAGCAGGAGCAGGCGAGGCGGAGGGAAACACAGCCGAAGAUCAUCUAGUUCUAGCUCAAGUGAUGCCAGGUCCAGGUCGAAAAGUUUAAAAAGAUCCCCGUCAACCUCUUCUUCAUCGACAACUCAUUCAACCAAGACUCCUGCUGUUCCUGUUCAAGAUCUGACCUUAAUCACCAGCAGCAAUAAUGACUUACUGAGUUCAACAGAACAGCUUCGACUAAAGGUGCAAAGGGCCAUCCAGGCUGCCAGCGAACUAAAGCAAAGAAAAGCAGAAGAGCAACUGAUGUCCGCACCGCCAGUUAUUUCUCAGUCCUCGAUUGACGAUAUAAACUCCGACGGGUUUGUGCAGCGCUCCUUUAUGUCAGCCCCUCGACACGUUCCCGACAUUCCUCUGCCCAUUGUGGUUGACCUGACAGCAGAACCCAAGAAAGAUGACAGUGGAAUCGUCAGCUCGGUUUUAUUGGAUGAUGAACCAGCUCGGGAAGAUCGAUGGGCACGAAAACUCCUUGCGCUACGGCAACAGGCAAGAAAUACGAUGUUCGGAGAUAAAUUGUCACUUAAAACAUAAACAUUUUUGAGAAAGGAGACUUCUCCUUUCAAUCGUUCCAAUUUUAUCGAUUAAACUGGUCCAUUUCAUUAAAGGCUUGUAAAGUACUCCAGAGUUAUGUUGCAGUGUAAAAAACAUAGCUUUUUCAAUUCUGAAAUAAAAAAAUUUAAAAUCGGCAAAGUA